AUGGUCAUUAAAAGUAGAGGUCUUCAUGAAGCUAUUGCUAAAGUAACAGAUAGAAAUGCACCAAAUGGUGCAUGGGUAAUUGCAGAAGUUAUUGGGAUGGGAGAACGAUUUGAUUUAUAUGAUGAAGGAGAGGGAGUAGAAUCUUUUAAGGCAGCAUUACCUGAAGAUAAUGUUUGCUUUUGUUUAAUUUCAUUGAGAAUGACAUAUGAAGGUGUCCCUAAUAUUGCACGAGUUGUUUUUGUUCAUUGGAAAGGAAGUAAGUGUAAAGGAAUGAAAGUUGUUCGUUCAAACCAAUUAACUCAAAUGGCAUGGGAUGUUCUUCAACCUCAUCAUGGUCAAUUAGAAGUUCUUUCAGCAGAUGAGAUCACAGAAGAAGUUCUUUUGGGAAAAUUAGAUCCAAAAGGAGGUUCUCAUGUAAUCGGUUAA